AAAGUGACAGACAGAGGGAGAGAGAACACUUCUCUCUCUACUUUCUCUCUCUAGAAUUGUCUUCCCUUCUCUCUCUGAGUCAUUUUUAAGAGCGGUCUUUAUGCAAUUUUCGUGUUCUCUUAUGUGUUAGUGGUUCCUAUUAUUUCUCCUAAUUCAGUUCUUGCUUACCAUUCCUGGUUUCCUACCCACAUACACUCUCUCUUUCUCUCCAAAACCAAUUCACUUCCUCUCUAAAAUUCAAUUUGCCUUUCCAAAAUCCACUGUCUACCCUUUUCUUUAUUGUCUUGCCCUCCCCAAGUAGUGUGUUUUUAUGCCAAGCAUUGAACUUUGUACAAAAUUUAUUACAGCAUAAUUGGAUUCUUUUCGCCCAUCUGUAUCAAUCAAAGCUUGAUCUGGACAAGAAAUGGUGUGUUGGUUUUUCUAGUGAGGAUUUGAAGCUCAAUUUUGUUGGAAUUUAUGAGAGUAUUGUGAUUUGGAUCGAGGUUGGUGAGCAACAAUUGUCAAAUUAAGCACCUUUUGAUUUCUUAUAUUAAAGGGUAUUAUUUUUUUUUGGAGUUAUUGCACGUUAAGAUUUGAAAAAGUAUUUUCUUUGUAAUAGAUCUUCCUAGAUUAGAUCUGGUCUUUAUGACAUAUAUGCCUUUUUAGCUUUUGUUUAUGUAAGUGAAUAUAAAAUGAAAAAGAGAGAGUGAAGAUUCUUAUCCAAUUUUCUCUGCUUCAACAACAAAAAAAAGUCAUUGAAAAGUGUCUUUCCUUCAAUACUAAGCAAAAUCUUUGGCAAAUUCAAUUCUAUUCUCGCUUCUCUGUGGAUUGCGUGAUUCAAACAUCUCGAGGUGGCUUUUGGGCAAAUCUAUGCUAAAGUUGGAUUGUCAGGCACUGACUUCAAAGGAGGUUGAGGGUGAAUUCAAUUGGUUUAGUAGGCUGUGAAUUUGAAAGAGUUAGAAUCAAUUUGGUCAAAGAUUGGUAUUUGAUUAAUACAAGGGUGAAUUUGGUUGACCAAUCCCAUCAUUGAUCUGUGAAUUUGAUUGACCAAUCCCAUAAUUGACCUGGGAGUUAAAAGAGGACUCUUAGGAUCUUCACCAACCAUUUCUGACGGAUCCGCCAUCUGAAAACAGCGGGUGCUAUUGUCCGGCUGGUCUGGAGUGCAUAUUAAAUAUUAUCAGGGCCCUCAGGAUGGGGUCCUGCUUGUCUGCAGAAAGCAGGAGCCCUCGCCCUGGUACACCUUCCUCUCCUGGUUUUGGGAUCAAGAAGAGAAGGAACCCAAAGCGGCGGCCAGGGUCACGGAAUUCUUCAUUUGACUAUCGAAGGGAAGAGCCGCUACAUAGGAUUCCUGGAAGGUUGUUUCUGAAUGGGUCCAGCAAUAUUGCUUCGCUGUUUACCCAACAAGGCAAGAAAGGAACUAAUCAGGAUGCCAUGAUUGUUUGGGAGAACUUUGGAUCAAGGACAGAUACAGUGUUCUGUGGAGUUUUUGAUGGCCAUGGUCCAUAUGGUCAUAUGGUUGCUAAAAGAGUGAGGGAUCAUCUUCCCCUGAAACUGAGUGCUCACUGGGAAGUGAAUAUAACCAGUGAGGAUGUUCUCAAAGAGAUUAGCGUGAAUACUACAGCAAGCAUGAACUCUGAAGACCAGUCCUUUAUAUCUGCUGAUGAAGAAUCUAGGGCCUCUUUAGAUCUUGAUGAACCUGAAAAACAACCAGAGAUUUUUCAGACACUGAAAGAGUCAUUUCUCAAGGCUUUCAAGGUCAUGGAUAGGGAACUGAGAGUGCAUGCAAAUAUUGAUUGCUAUUGUAGUGGGACGACAGCAGUUACAUUGAUCAAGCAGGGUCACUAUCUUGUUGUUGGGAAUGUUGGGGACUCCAGAGCUGUACUGGGUACGAGGGACAAGGAUGAUUCUCUUGUCGCCAUUCAGUUGACCGUUGAUCUCAAGCCAAAUCUUCCAGCGGAAGCGGAAAGAAUACGGAAGUGUAAAGGGCGAGUUUUUGCUCUUCAGGAUGAACCUGAGGUGGCAAGAGUGUGGUUACCAAACAAUGACUCUCCUGGCCUGGCCAUGGCACGAGCUUUUGGAGAUUUCUGCCUGAAGGAUUUUGGUCUUAUCUCUGUCCCUGAUAUCUCCUGCCGGCGGCUAACUGAGAACGAUGAGUUUAUAGUUUUGGCCACUGAUGGGGUUUGGGAUGUUCUAUCAAAUAAAGAGGUGGUAGACAUUGUAGCAUCAGCCCCAACACGUUCCUCCGCAGCAAGAGCCUUGGUUGAAUCAGCUGUUCGGGCUUGGAGAUACAAGUAUCCAACCUCGAAAGUCGAUGAUUGUGCUGUAGUUUGCCUCUUCCUUGAUACUAACAAUUUAUCUACUGCUUCCAAUGCCAAUUCAAAAGAGCAGCCUACUACGGUAGAGCAAGCUGACAUUGGUAAUCAGAAAGAGGUUGAUCCCUCCGGUCCUAUUGGGCUAGGCCGUUCAGGUACUGUGAGGACCGGGAAAGAGGUACUAUCAGAAGGAAAUGCAGAAGAAGAUUCCUCAAAGAAAGAAGAAGCACAAUUGGAAUGUGGGAUAGAGUGGUCUGCUUUGGAAGGAGUCUCCCGCGUUAAUACCCUACUAACUUUGCCAAGGUUUGUGCCUGGAAAGGAAGAUAAGAAGGCUGCCGGAGAGACCAAAGCUUGGAAAGGACGGUAAAAAGAAAAGGAAAAGGUUUUGUUAGUCCUGGAUUUUCUUAAUUAAUUUCUAUUCUUUCAUUUUCCUUAUUUCUGCAUGGUUUAUUUUUUGACAGAAGGGGGGAAAAGAUUUGUAGGGCCAUUAAAAUUAAAAUGUUAAAUUUGGACAGGAGAGGUGGGGCCCGGCUAUAUUAGUGUGUCUGGGAAAUAGUCCUUUCUCUCUCUAGUGUGGGUAGAAUUGGAAUUUUGUAAAAUCCAACUCUCCGUCAAUUUUUUUUUUUUCUGGUUUCAAAUGGCAUAAUGUGUGAUCUGUUGGUUUUUGUCUAUGUUGUUGAUAAUAAUAUGUGAAAGUGAAGCAUCAUUCAAGCUUUGAUU